AUGAAAUUUACCAACAUUUUACAGGUUUAUUGUAUCGUUACCGCAUUCUUGACAUAUUUUGAAAAAAAUCCUGCAACUUUGCAUUUGAAAAAUUUUUAUCUAGUUGGAUAUGCAGCUAUAAAUGCGGUUUUUACACCUUUUGGUAUAUCAGGGGUUGUCGGGGGAUUAAGUCGUAAAAAAUCAUUAAUAAAAGCAUUCACCCGAUUUCAGUGGUGGUUGGCUACUUUCAUUCUUAUUGGUUUAAGUGUAUUUAAUGUUAUACUUUCCAGAAAUGAAAAUAAUAAAAAAGACUUCAUUGGCAGAUGUCAAAGAAAUUUCGCGAAAGGUCAACCUGAAACCAACUUUUUAGAUCGAUGCAAAAUUAUAGUUGAAGAUGCUGAACAAGCUACAUUAAUUGCUGCAUGUUCUGAGGGUGGUAUCAUGCUCUUUCUUGGAGUGAUACUAUUAAUAGUUGGCACGCGUGAAUAUAGUUCUAUAAGCUUGGAAGAGGAAACCAAAAAUCUUCUCGAAAAAGCCAAUUUUAACGAGAACGAAGAGAUUGAUGUUAUAGGAGGUGGACGUUCGUCUUCUACUUUACAACGCAAUCUUAGCGAUGCUAGUAAUGGUGGCAAUGUUGAUGUUGUUAAGAACGUUAAUUGUGGACCUAAUAAUAAUAAUAAUGUUGGCACUUUCAUCACGGAUCAAUACGAUAUAGGAAGAUAUCCUCCUAAUAAUGUAACAAAAGUUAGGCGUCAACCAUCUAAUAUAACUCAAACUGCAGUCAAUGUAGAUUUAGCACGUCGUCCAACUAAUGCAGAUAAUAUGAGUGCUAUACAACAUUCAGGUUUGAGAAGACAUCCAACAGAACCUAGUUCAAUUCCUUCUUCUCAUGUAGGAAAGAGGAAUAAAGCGGAAUCAAAUUUUAUGUCUCCAUCUUAUACCGGUUUAGCUAGAAAUCAAACAAAUCCUGGAAGUAUCCCAUCAAACAGAUAUAAUGGUUUAACGCGUUAUCCAACCAAUGGUACUAAUGUUUCUGCAAAUAUAAUAAAUGUAACGCGUCAACCAACUAUUGGUAAUGUAUAUGUUUCAGGAAAUUAUGCAGGAGUUCCGCAAACAACAUAUCCUAUUGCUCCGAAACAUUCCCUCUCAAUGAAACGUUACGUGAGUCCGCCACCCCCAUAUGUAGUUCAUCUUCAGCAGCAAAAUAUCGUUCCGAUAUCUGAAGAUUAUCAUGAUGACCCUUAUUACUCCCACACAAAUUCUACAGAACCACAUUUAACAAGGUUGGGAAUGCAUUAA